AUGAGUUCGUCCUCAGAGCAUUUAAAUGGUAUUCCCACUAUCACAGUGGAGCAAGAGAUUUUCUCGGAAGGACCCUUAUCCAAACCAGUGAAAACUCGGAAACGUGGUUUCAGUCUCCGAACGCAGCUCUUCAGUAAGAACGUUGCGCAGUCUGCCGAAAACUACCUAACGACUCCCGAAAUCGAACUCAAACAGGUGGACAAUUCUUAUCUCGCAGAUGAGCUCGACGUAUUUAGACAUGAUGAUUCGCCAGCAAAUCAAGCCAGCCUCUUUGGCAGCUCUGGGUCACUCAAUCAAUCUGUGAUUGAUUUGAACGAUGAACCGCAAUACAAGUACAACUAUACACAACGAACGACGAGCAAAUAUCAUUUUAUCAAGGCCACUUUGAAUGCUCUCAUGGGAGUCUCCAAUGCUCCAGAGUCCAAGGGUGGCCGCCGUCUCCCGAUCACUGUCAACCUCAAGCGCAGCGGAGAGCCGUCUAUAACCAACAAGAAAGGUGAGGUGCUGCUGCUGGAUAACCGCACAAAUCAGCCCUAUGUGAACAACGUCAUUACCUCGUCGAAGUACACCUUGUUGAGUUUUCUGCCUCGACAGCUGAUUGCGCAGUUUUCCAAGCUCGCCAACUGCUACUUCAUGACGGUUGCGAUAUUGCAGUUGAUACCUUCGUGGUCAACAACUGGUACAUCUACCACCAUCAUUCCCCUAUCUAUCUUCAUCUCGAUCUCUAUACUGAGAGAAGGUUGGGACGACCUGAGACGACAUAAAUUGGAUAAGGUCGAAAAUAACAAGCCAAGCACAGUGCUCAAGAUGGGAAAGUCGCAUUAUUCUUCACACUACGUUUACAGUAAAAGCGCAACAUCUUUCUCGCGAUUGAGAUCGAGCACUCAGUCGUUCGAUACUGAUGAUCUAGACUCGCAAGACGAAAAUAUGAUUUUUGACGAAAACUCUUUUGUCAACGAACAACUUCUCAGCAAAGAGGGAAUCUCGACAAUACGCACUAGAUGGAAAAACAUUAGAGUGGGAGACAUCGUGAAGAUUGAAUGUGAUGAGUGGGUGCCGGCGGACAUCGUUUUGCUGACUUCGACAAACGACAUGGGAGAAGCAUUUGUAGAGACUAUGGCUCUGGAUGGAGAAACGAAUUUGAAGUCCAAGCUGCCAAAUCAGGAACUCCACAAACUAGCCAACUCAAUCGAGGGACUGCGCAAACUGAAAGCUAAUAUUCAUUGUGAAGAUCCAAACUCUGAUCUUUACAACUUUGAGGGAUCUUUAGACAUUGAAGACCCUACAUCUCAUGAAACUAGAAAAUUUGCGUUAGGCCCCGAAAAUAUCAUUUACAGAGGGUCGAUUAUCAGAAACACUGAUUCUUGUUUGGGGGUGGUUGUUUUCAGUGGUGAGGAAACGAAAAUCAGAAUGAAUUCCAUCAAAAAUCCACGGAUUAAGGCACCGAAACUGCAAAAAUCAAUCAAUUACAUCGUGGCGUUCAUGGUUUUCGUGGUUGUCACGCUAUCGAUGUUUUCUUUUAUGGCGGAGAGACUUUUCUAUAAAAAAUACAGAGACAAGAACUGGUACGUCAGAGGCGAAGAUGCCGGUAUUGCUCCAACAAUUAUGGGUUUCAUCAUCAUGUACAACACCCUUAUUCCUUUGUCUCUCUAUGUUACAAUGGAGAUCAUCAAAGCCGUUCAGAUGCUUCUAUUGCAGUGGGAUAUUGACAUGUACCAUCUUCAGUCUAACACGCCCGCAGAAGCACGGACUGCCACCAUUUUAGAAGAAUUGGGCCAAGUUAGUUAUAUUUUUUCUGACAAAACUGGUACCCUGACCGAUAACGUUAUGAUUUUUCGCAAAUUCAGCGUAUGCGGUACACCUUGGAUUCAUGAUAUGGAUCAAUCUGAUGCAAAGGACCCUGAAACAGCCCAGAUUCCACUUACUGUGGACUCUGUGGAUGUAGCUCUUGACUCCAGCAAAGGUGUAACUGGAUCAGUCCCUCCACUUCUCGCUGGUCGGUCAAGCUUGUCAUCUGUCAAUCCAAGCUUGGUAACCGCGCAAACUGCGAAAAUACAGAACCUAGAUUCUAAACCUAGCAUCAAGUCAUCUGCGGAACUCAUCAAAUAUUUACAGACAAAUCCGAACACCAUAUACGCCAAGCGUGUGACAUUCUUUCUUCUUUCUAUUGCAUUGUGUCACUCCUGUCUCCCCAAGAAAGCAAAGAGUGAUUCUGUUCCCGAGAUGGACACUAUGGAAGGCUUUGAGGAAGAAAUGGAGUCCAUAAACUACCAGGCCUCUUCUCCUGAUGAGUUGGCCCUAGUUCAGGCCGCCAGCGAGAUGGGCUUCAUUUUGUUCGAAAAGAAACAGAAAACUAUCACGCUCAAGCUGUACCCGCACGGAUCUGAUAAAGAGCCUGUAUUUGAGGACUACGAGAUUCUCGAUGUGGUUGAGUUCUCGUCAAAUAGAAAACGAAUGUCGGUGAUACUCCGACUUCCAGAUUCGAAGAUUGUUCUAUUCUGUAAAGGAGCGGACAAUGUCAUUACGGAGAGGCUGAGGAACUCUCAAUUGGCCCAUUCGAAACAGCAAGAGUUUUCGAGGAGCGUCGCCGAUCGGAAACGGUAUGAGGCAGAACUGAUUUUACAGAGAAGAUCGAUGGAUUCUGUCCGUUCAAGAGAGGGCAGGAGCUCGACCUCUUCAAUUGCAAGACCAAGUCUGAGCUUGUCCCGUUCUUCAAUGGAUGGUGUGUCGCCUAUUCGCGUCGGUCACGCUUCUAGAGCCAUAGACUCUGUCCUCUCUGAGGAUAAUGAAAGACACGAACUUGAGGAGAUUAAGAGCAAAGCUAGAAGGUCAUUGCAGUUGAAACAGGCGGAAAAGUAUAACCUACGCGAAGAGAUGUCAUACAUUCCAUCGGAUAGAUUGGUUGUCAACGAUGAAUACGUUCUAGAGAAGACCAUUGAACAUGUGGAAGACUUUUCAACGGAGGGCUUGAGAACUUUGCUUUACUCGUACCGUUAUCUCUCUGAAGAUGUUUAUUCAGAAUGGUCCCAAAGAUAUGCCAAGGCAAAGACUUCUCUGACAAACCGCGCUGAACUCGUUGAGAAAAUUGGCUGUCAGUUGGAAGAGAAUUUGGAGCUUUUGGGAGCCACUGCCAUAGAAGACAAAUUACAGAAAGGGGUCCCAGCAGCCAUUGAAAAGCUAAGACGAGCAGGCAUAAAGCUUUGGAUGCUGACCGGAGAUAAAAGGGAGACUGCAAUAAACAUUGGGUACUCUUGUCGAUUAAUCAAGGACUACUCCAAAGUUAUUGUUCUUUCUACUGACGAAGGGACGGAAAGACUGUCUUCCAUGAUGACAGCUGCAGAGCUCGAAAUUGAAGAAGGAAACGUGGCUCACUGUGUGGUUGUCGUCGAUGGGGGCACCUUGUCGGAGAUUGAAAUGGACAGCACGUUGAUGACGGUGUUCAUCUCUCUCUGUAUGAAGUCAGACUCUGUUAUCUGUUGUCGAGCAUCUCCCUAUCAGAAAGCCAAAAUGGUGACAAGUGUUCGCAAAUUAAAUAAGUCAAAAGUCACCCUUGCUAUUGGAGAUGGUGCCAAUGAUAUUGCCAUGAUUCAAAGCGCAGAUGUUGGUGUUGGAAUUACCGGUAAGGAAGGAUUGCAGGCUGCCAGAACGUCGGACUAUUCUAUUGCGCAGUUCCGAUACUUGCUAAAGCUCUUGCUGGUUCACGGUCGCUACAACUACAUCAGGACUUCCAAAUUCGUUCUUUGCACAUUCUACAAAGAACUACUGUUCUAUUUGACACAGCUACUGUACCAGAGAUACACACUUUUUACGGGUACGUCAUUAUAUGAGUCGUGGUCAUUGUCGAUGUUCAACACAUUGUUCACGUCUUUGCCAGUGCUGUGUGUUGGAAUGUUUGACAAGGAUCUUCGGCCAUCGACUCUUAUAGCUGUUCCCGAAUUAUACGCCAAGGGACGCAACUGCGAAUCGUUCAAUUUCAAAUUGUUCUUUUUCUGGUCGCUGCUGGCUGCCUCGCAAAGUACGACGUUGUGCUUCUGUUUGUGGAAUGUUUACGGAUUUCCUGCAACGUUGGAUAACACAACCUAUCCUCUGGGCGUGGUGAUGUUCACUGUGCUGAUUGUGAUCAUCAAUGCAAAAUGUAACAUUAUCGAGAUGCAUUCAAUUACCAAGCUCUCCGUGAUAUCCUUCUGUGUGUCUGUUUUUGGCUGGCUUUUAUGGUGCAUGCUACUUGUGGGACUAUACAAAACGAAAGACAGCACUAUAUACUAUGUUGCACACGGGCUAUUUGAGCACUUUGGCAAGGAUAUUACUUUCUGGGCCAGUAUUUUGGUGCUGAUUGUGGUUGGGCUCUCCGUGGACAUGCUUUUCCAUUUGGUCAAAGUCAGUUUGUGGCCUACCGACACUGAUGCAUUCCAAGUGCUUGAAAAGAAUAACAGAUUACGCAAACAAAUGGAAUUGAAUGCCUUUGACGAAUUAGCGCAGAGCUGGACUUGGAUGCAUGAAUCGCAGCUAGUUGAACAAGAUAUAGAAAGCUAUUCGAGCAUGAAAAGGGGACUCUAUCAGUUCCGGUCAUUCAUGAAGAAGGGUUCUAUCCAUCCUUCCAAACAAACCAGAAAACGGAAGCAGACCCUUGUCAACCCGACAGAAUUGCCUGCUGGAUCGCCGGCCAGCGUGAAGAUCGCAUCUUUUGACCUUUCAGAUCAGGAGAUGUUGCCGAGCGGCAAGGUCAUUCGUCACAGAGGUGAUGAUCACGGUUUUACACACAUCUUUAAAAAACAGGGAGAAACACGGAAUAUAGAAUCCAUUUUGGACGAAAGAAUGAAACACCUAGAAGAAACGGAAAAAUAA